GUGCCAUCGUAAGCCAGGCUAAGCGACGCCAUAGGUAAGGUACGGAAGCGUUACCAGCACGCUUGAACGCCAGAUGUACAAGGCUAACCAAGACCUACCAUCUCCGCGAAAGACACCGUUGCAGCGGGUGAGACUUCGAGACACGAAUGAUCAUCUGUGCUGAUCGUCCGGAUCAACUGUGUCAAGGGUCCAAGAUAGUGGUUACGACGCAGGUGCAGGCACAAGGCGAGGCUAGUCCAAUUGUACCCGCCCACGGGCGUUUGCUGAUGCAGCGUUUGCGGCAGGAAUCUUACUCACAGAUGAUCUGUACUCUAUCGAAGUCAUUCUAUGCGUGGAGUGAAGCACAGCACUUUGCGCAUUGCUGUGGCUUCGGGAGGUUGGUUCGCCGACCGGUGGCAUUAUUUGUUGGCUUGAGAUGGAGGGAGACGCUCCCGUACUCCCGUAAGCCAGGGUCCAUCCACAAGCGUCUGGGCGGGUUCAAGGCGGCUCAUCUCACUUACAUGAAAGAGGAAUCGUGGGCAGGAAGAGUGCGGCAGCAUGCCGGAGUGUUUCUGUUUACUGGAUGGUGUUGCUCUGCAAGAGGUUACCAAGACGGACGUGUCUGCGCCUCAAUCAUUUGUUGGUCAGAGAAGGUGGAUAAAGCUUAGUGACAUGCCAUGUAGUCUACGUUCAAACGUUCUCCCAAAAUUGCACCGUCGUUGCUCCGAGCCGUUGCAUGUGCCUGCAUUUGCGAAGGUGUCUAGAAUCACCUCAUCGUUACCUUCGUGUCAUUCUCGUACCUACGCGUGAGCAUCUUGUUCUACUGUAGCGUUGACACAUAAUGACAGUCAAAACGGACAUCAAGCGGACCGCAUCUCAGUGUCUCCAGCCUCAAGUUCACCAAUCUUCCUCUUGCUCGGCGUGGCGCUGCCACUCUCACC